GCCUUCUUGACUUGUACAGUUGUACUGAGGUAGGUCUCGUCUGAGUUGGCAACGACCAUGCCUGCCGUCUCGGCCGCCGCCUGCUGCGCCGCCACAACGCCGGCAAACGAGGUGGCGGAGGACCUCCUCGGCUUCCUCCGCGUUCUCAGAGACGGCACCGUGCUCCGGUCGCCGGCGGACCCAGUGUUCUGCCCGGCCACCUUCCCCGGCAGCCACCCGUCCGUGCAGUGGAAGGAGGCCGUCUACGACAAGCCCAAGAACCUCCGCGUCCGCGUGUACAGGCCGACGACGCCGCCGGGGACGAAGAAGAAGCUCCCAGUGCUCGUCCACUUCCACGGCGGCGGCUUCUGCCUGGGGUCGUGCACGUGGGCCAACGUCCACGAGUUCUGCCUCCGCCUGGCCGCGGAGGCCGGCGCCGUCGUGCUCUCCGCGGGAUACCGCCUGGCCCCCGAGCACCGCCUCCCCGCGGCCUUCGACGACGGGGCCGGGUUCAUGCGCUGGCUCCGGGACCAGUCAGCGAUCGGCGGCGCCGGCGCCUCCGACGCCUGGCUCGCGGAGGCCGCCGAUUUCGGCCGCGUGCUCGUCACCGGCGACUCGGCGGGCGCCACGAUCGCGCACCACCUCGCCGUGCGCGCCGGCUCGGCCGCGGCGGAGCCAGAGCCGGAGCCGGAGCCGGGCCUCCUCACGGUCCGCGGCUACGUUCUGCUCAUGCCGUUCUUCGGCGGCGUCCGGCGCACGGCCUCGGAGGCCGAGUGCGCGGAGGAGGCGUUCCCGAACCUUGACCUGGUGGACCGGUUCUGGAGGCUGUCGCUGCCGGCCGGCGCCACCAGGGACCACCCGGCGUCCAACCCGUUCGGGCCGGACAGCCCUGACCUGGGCCCGGUGGACUUCCGGCCCGUGCUCGUGGUGGCCGGCGGCCUCGACCUGAUACGCGACCGCACCGUCGACUACGCCGAGCGGCUGGCGGCGAUGGGCAAGCCCGUGGAGCUCGCCGAGUUCGCCGGCAUGCCCCACGGGUUCUACCUGCACCAGCCGGGGUCCCAGGCCACCGGCGAGCUCAUCCAGACCGUCGCCCGGUUCGUCCACGUCGUUGCGCCAGAGGCUGCGGCUUAAUUUACUCGGCAUAUGCAUGCAUCCGUGCAUGUAUCCCGUUUCUUGUCGUCGUGUUGUGGUUCACUCGUAUACCUCAUCUUUUUUCUCUUAUGAAAUUCUUGUAGAGUAAAACCCUUCUCUCUCUGAUGUCUCGGUUGAAUGAUCCAAAUAAUGGACCACUGGUUUGGGAUU